AUGACAGACCGUCACAUCUUCAACGACCACACAACCCUCGUCGUCCGCUCCCUCCGCGGCCUCGUCGCGGGCCACCCUUACCUGAACCUCAUCCCCUCCCUCAAGGUCGUCUACCGCGCAGACCAUGACUCGUCCAAGGUGUCCCUCCUGUGCGGUGGUGGAUCUGGACACGAGCCUGGAACGGUCGGCUUUGUGGGUAAAGGGCUGUUGAGCGCAAGUGUUGCGGGGGACGUGUUUGCGAGCCCGUCAGCAAAGCAGGUCAGCGGGGGGAUGAAGGUGGUGCCGAGCGACAAGGGGACGAUUCUGAUCAUCACCAACUACACUGGAGACAACCUCCAUUUUGGUCUCGCUAGGCUCAUGGCCCAGUCGGCGGGGAUGAAGAACGUCGAGCUGGUCGUGGUAGGCGAUGACGUCUCGGUGCCCAAGACAAGAGGGAAGCUGGUCGGGCGCAGGUGUCUCGCAGGCAUCACUUUGGCAGUCUGCAAGAUCCUCGGAGCUGGCGCCGAGGCGGACAUGGGCUUUGAAGAGCUCGUCACUCUUGGUCGAUCCACAUCGACCAACACAGCCUCGAUCUGCGCUGCGCUGGAUCAUUGUCACGUCCCUGGCCGGACGGGGGACUGGCAGAUCCCCGAGGGGAGGGUUGAGAUCGGUCUGGGACUGCACAACGAGACGGGAGUCUUCAACAUCCCCCAGCCGAGCGCAGAAGAGUUCAUUACCAAGCUCCUGGACUUGCUAUUGAACCAAGAUGACCCUGAGCGAUCAUACGUCAAGUUCAAAGACGGGGAUGAGCUCGUCCUCCUCGUCAACAACCAGGGAGGCAUGAGUGCGCUCGAGAUGGGCGCAGUAGCAGACGAGACAUUGACACAGCUUGAAUCACGCGGCAUAGUCCCCAAGCGAAUCUUUACCGGCCCCUUCAUGGGCUCCAUGAACAUGCCUGGAGUCUCCCUCUCCCUGCUCAACCUCACCAACAUCGCCGAGGAGUGCAGCUUCACUUCGACGGCGCACCUCCUUGAGCUGAUUGAUGCGCCGCACAAUACCCCCGGAUGGCCAGCGACGCAGAACAUGUACCCUGUACCUGCGAAUUUGGCGUCAAGGAAGCGGGCGGACCAGUUUAUUGAGGUGGAGAAGGAGGAGAAGUUGGUGCAUACUGGCGGACCCAAGCUGAUCGUGGACGCCAAGGCGUUCCGGGAAGCUAUGAAGGUGGCGUCGGACGAUACUAUCGCUCUUGAACCCGACUUGACGAGAUGGGACACGAUCGUCGGCGAUGGUGAUUGCGGAGAGACAUGCGCCCAGGGUGCACAGGCGACACUUGGAGCACUCAAAGCCGGUCUUGGGGAGGAUGGUGAUCUUGUCAAUCUCUUCCGAGAACUGACCGACAUCAUCGAUGAUGCCUGCGGAGGUACCCUUGGCGCAAUCUUCUCCAUCUUCCUCGCGGGGUUCACCACCUCGCUCAUCGACUCUGUUUCGGCCGACCCAUCCCUCAAAGCCACACCCGCCUUCUUUGGCGAGACUGCCCUCCGAGCCCUCGAAGCGCUCAAGCAGCGCACAGCAGCCCGUGUGGGUCAUCGCACAGUCAUGGACUCGCUCAUUCCCUUUGCCGAGUCCUUGGCGUCGACGGGCGACUUGAAGCAGGCGGCAGCAGCAGCGAGAAAGGGCGGGGAGGCGACCAAGGACAUGACGGCCAAGCUGGGGCGAGCGACCUAUGUCGGUGAUAGGGCAGACAGGGAUAUGCCGCCUGAUCCGGGAGCGAUGGCGCUUGUUGCUGUGGUGGAGGGGUUGGCGAAGGUUCUUGGUUGA